CUGGGGGUGGGUACGAGGCCAGAGGGGGGAAGAGAAGGGAAGGCAAGAAACGGUCCUACACACGACUAGAUCCAAGCAGACUCAGUCGACAGCAUCGAUAGGUGGUUGACUGUAGGGAAAGGAGUCCUCUUUUUCGUUUCAAUCCACAACCUCGGCAUUGCAGGGCAUCGAGGUCAGCAAGAAGAAGGAGAGAAGGAGAUCAGAAAAAGAAAGGCCGCCAAGAUGCCUCCCAAGAAAAAUCAGAAACUGUCUCUCAACGACUUCCUCAAUGAUGAGAGCACCGGCAAAGUCAACUGGGCCGAUGACCUAGACGAUCUCCCCACCACUCCCAUGUCACGGGAGGAGCGCGGUGCAACUCGUCGCGGAUCUGACUGGCUUGCAUCGCAGCCGGACCGUUCCGAGCGUGACCGCAUGUCUGGCGGCGGUAUGGGCGGCGGCUUUGGUGGAGGAGGAUACGACCGUGGACCUCCUCGCGAGGAGCUGCCUCUGCCGGACAAGCCUCCCUACACUGCCUUCAUCGGCAACCUGGCUUUCGAUCUUCAGGAUGCUGAUGUCGCCGAGUUUUUUGCUCCCAGCAAGCUGAUUAGCAUUCGCAUCGUCUCUGGCCAAGAUGGCCGCCCCAAGGGAUUUGGCUAUGUUGAGUUCGAGACCCUCGAUGGCCUCAAGGACGCGCUUUCCAAGAAUGGCGCCCCUCUUGUCAACAGGACCGUUCGCGUCGGUGUCGCAGAGCCCCCCAAAGGAGGAUCCGGUUUUGGACCCAGUGUCGCAGAGGAAGCUUCGCAGUGGAGGCGCGCCGGCCCCCUUCCCUCGAGCGAUGGCCCCUCUCGAGGACCUCCUCGAGGAAGCGACCGGCCCGGCUUUGGGCGAGAAUCCUCAAUCGGCGGAGGCAGCAGCGGGUUCGACUCGAUGGAGAUCGGUGCCGGCGGACGAAGUGGCUUUGGCUCUCGCUUCACGCCUUCAACGCCAGCUCGCGAUCCGAUGCGCGCUCCUCGCACCCCACUGGCCGGCGCGCCCGCCGAAUCGCUUGAGCCUAGCGCUGGCGACACGGCAUCGGACUGGAGGACGGGCAAGCCAAAGGAGCCGGUCGCCUCUCCUACGGCGCGCCGCCCGUCGACCGAGGGAGCGCGUGCCCCCUCGUUCAGAAGAAACGAUGCCACUGAAGUCGACGAGCGCUUCGCCAACCAGGAACGGCUGGGAUUUGGAUCCAAGUUUGUGCCUACGCCUCCCGAGAGCCCGGCAGGUCCAGGCGCCAAGCGCCCUGGCUUCGGAGCAGACCGAAGAGGAAGCAAUGCGCCAGGUCCGAGCGCCGCCGCUCCAGGCCCAGGUGACGAGGCUGACAACUGGCGAUCAGCUGGCCGACGGCCCAGCGGGAACCAAGUCAACAAGCGCGGAAUGAGCAAUGAUCGCUUCCCUAGCCCUGCUGGACAAGGUUCGGGUUCGCCCUCAAACACCACCGCGGCCCCACCUGCUGAGCGCAAGAAGCUGGAUCUCAAGCCGCGCUCGACGCCUACAGGCGAUGCCCACGCCAGCGCCGACGCCCCUAAGUCGCCGGAGCCCGGUAGUGGCAAGUCGAAUCCAUUCGGCGCGGCCAGGCCCAUCGACCAGUCUGAACGCGAGCGCGAGAUUGAACUGAGAAUGGCGCAGCGAGAGAAGGAGCGAAAGGAAGAGGAGCGAAUUCGCCGAGAAAAGAGCAAGUCAGAAAAGGAUCAGGCCCUUUCCAAGGCGCCCACUGGCCCUCGAGCUGACCGAGAACGCGGAGGCAGCCGACAACGGAAGCAGGGCGAAGGUUCGGAGCGGGGAGGAAGUGAGGCUUCGGCCUCUCAGGCCGCUGGUACGGAAUCGCCUGCGGCUGCUGACUCCCCCAGCGCCGCCCCUGCUUCGGUCGCGUCUGUGAAGAAGGAUCCCCCACCCACCGGCGCCUGGGGCGGAGGUCGGAAGCCCAGCGGUGCUCUUGUUUCCGGACAAGCCUCUCCCGCUGCGACAGGUUCCCUGACACCUGUGAAUGGCAAUGGGAACGGAACCGAGACUGGCUCUACUACGCCUGCAUCGGGCGCAGGCGCGGAGGACAAGCAGGUCGAAGAGGUGACAAAGGGCGUCGAAGCUGCUGCUGUCUAGUUGCUUCGAAGCCUUAAUUUUGGGCUAAUGCACACCCAAAACUCAAAAGGGGGAGCGACGACAUAUAAGGACCUUAGCUUGUAGCCUAGCUCAUCCCACUCUCCCCAUUCAAUGGUCAUUUUACAGCUCUACUAUUACUCCCAGUCUUUCCAGUCCCGAUCAGCUUCUUAACUUGUAGAUCUCUAGACCACCGGCCUCAGCAAGUGCGACAGUCAGGUCCACUUCUAGGUCACGACUAUUACCCUCUAUUACUACUCACGCCCUUGCCAAUAUAGCCUAGGUUCAUCGCCUGGGUUCGUUCAGAAACAAUCGGG